AUGAUCCCGCGAAUUCUGCCUCGAGCGGCGCUCGCCUGUCCGCGGAGCAGCGUCGCGAAGGCGCACAGUCUCCCGCUAUGGCUGCCGCAGAGGCCAAUUGCUGCUGCUCUCCAUCGACCCCUCCGGACUUCGGCUGCGUGCCGCUAUGAUCGAACGCCGUCGCCAGUUCCCGAGUCGCUGAAACCCGCGCCUACGAGCCCGAAUGCUUCUCCGGCUGGAACGACUGCAGCUUCUGCUGCUGCUGCUGCUGCCGCUACUACUGAUACUGUUCCGUCCUCGACGAAAGACGCUGCGAAGAAACCCAACAAUGCCCCCGUCGAUCCCCUUGCGACCGUGGACAAGUCCACUACGGAGCAGCGGAAAGCUGACUGGGCUAUAAUGAAGGAGAUGUCGCGAUAUCUGUGGCCCAAGGGCGACGUUGGCACAAAGGUGCGCGUAGGCCUUGCGGUCGCUCUGCUGUUUGGCGCAAAGGUUCUGAAUGUACAGGUGCCGUUCUACUUCAAGAGCAUUGUGGACUCGUUAAACAUUGAUAUUGCUGCUGUUGGCGGUACAGCUACAACCGUAGCGGGCGCCAUGAUUCUCGCAUACGGAGCUACCAGGAUAGGCGCUACGCUCUUCCAAGAACUGCGAAAUGCCGUCUUCGCCUCUGUUGCGCAAAAGGCUAUUCGCGGUGUUGCUCGAAAUGUAUUCGAUCAUUUGCUACGGCUUGACCUGAGCUUCCACUUGUCCAAGCAGACGGGAGGCUUGACGCGAGCCAUGGAUCGCGGUACAAAAGGCAUCAGCUUCCUCCUCACCAGCAUGGUCUUCCAUAUUCUUCCAACGGCAUUGGAGAUUGGCAUGGUUUGCGGAAUUCUCACAUGGCAGUAUGGCUUCAAGUUUGCGGCUGUAACGGCGCUGACAAUGGUCGGAUACACGGCUUUUACUAUCUGGACGACGGCUUGGAGAACAAAGUUCCGAAGACAGGCCAACGCUGCGGAUAAUAGAGCGUCGACGGUGGCUGUGGAUUCGCUCAUCAACUACGAAGCUGUCAAGUACUUCAACAAUGAGAAAUUUGAGGUCGCGCGCUACGACAAGGCUUUGAGGGAAUAUGAAAAGAGCUCCAUCAAGGUGGCCACUUCUCUGGCUUUUCUCAACAGUGGGCAGAAUGUCAUUUUCUCUACAGCUUUGACCGCAAUGAUGUACUUUGCUGCUGAGGGAGUCGCCACAGGAAGCCUGACUGUUGGAGACUUGGUCAUGGUAAACCAGCUUGUCUUCCAACUGUCUGUCCCUUUGAAUUUCCUUGGCUCCGUGUAUCGUGAACUUCGACAGUCACUCUUGGAUAUGGAAACACUGUUCAAUUUGCAGAAAGUGAAUGUGAACAUCGUGGAAAAGCCGACAGCGAAACCCCUAGCUCUAGUCAAAGGCGGAGAGAUCAAAUUUGAAAAUGUCAACUUCGGAUACCACCCCGAGAGACCAAUUCUGAGGGAUCUUACGGUCACCAUUCCUGCUGGAAAGAAGGUUGCCAUUGUUGGCCCCAGUGGUUGUGGUAAAUCCACCCUGCUGAGGCUGCUGUUCAGAUACUAUGAUGUCCAGGCCGGUCGCAUUCUCAUUGAUGACCAGGACGUUCGCGAUGUUACUGUCGAUUCCCUACGCCGAUCUAUCGGUGUUGUGCCUCAAGACACCCCCCUGUUCAACGAUACGGUUGAGCACAACAUCCGCUAUGGUAUGAUUGAUGCCUCUCACGACCAAGUCGUCGCGGCCGCAAAGCGAGCCCGCAUCCACGAUAUCAUUGAGAAAUUCCCAGAUGGAUAUCAAACCAAGGUCGGCGAGAGAGGUAUGAUGAUCUCUGGCGGCGAGAAGCAGAGACUGGCAAUGAGCAGAUUGCUUCUCAAGGACCCUCCUUUGCUCUUCUUCGACGAGGCGACCAGCGCGCUGGAUACGCACACUGAGCAGGCCUUGAUGAUGAAUAUCAACGGAAUUCUCCGCGAAAAGGGACGCACGAGCGUAUUUGUGGCUCACAGGCUGCGAACCAUCUUUGAUUCGGACUUGAUCAUUGUGCUGAAAGAGGGACGAGUUGCGGAGAUGGGUACCCAUAGAGAGCUGAUUGACCGCGUGGGUGUUUAUGCUGAGCUUUGGAGUGCGCAAGAAACAAUGUUCACCGAGGAUGGCGAGGCAAAGGACGGAGAGGCAGAAGGAGAGGAAGCUUCCGAGAAGAAGAACUAG